AUGCUACUCUCUUUUUUUCGUGUGUUAUUUUGGUCUGUGUUUUUACUUCCUUGUUUAUUUAUUUAUUGCUCUGAAUUCUCACCUUCUUCCCUUCUUCUCUCGCUUGCUACGAUAGUAUUUGCGUACCCACCCUCCGGUAGUACGAGGCUCCGGCCGCGAGUUGGUAUCGUCCAACUCUCUCUCUCUCUCUCUCUUUCUUACUCUCUCACCCACUCCCUUUAUUUAUUUCUCUCUCUCACUCUUUAUCUCACACUCUUUCUCUCUCUCUUUCAUGCUCUUACUCUAUUUCUCUUUCUCAAUCUCUCUCAUGUUCUCCUUUUUCUAUCGCUCUUACUCACUCUCUUUCUCUCUCACUCACACACUCUCAUUCUCUCUCACUCCCACUAUCUCAUUCUCUCUCACUCCCACUAUCUCAUUCUCUCUCACUCCCACUAUCUCAUUCUCUCUCACUCACACUAUCUCAUUCUCUCUCACUCCCACUAUCUCAUUCUCUCCCACUCCCACUAUCUCAUUCUCUCUCACUCACACUAUCUCAUUCUCUCUCACUCCCACUAUCUCAUUCUCUCUCACUCCCACUAUCUCAUUCUCCUCCACUCGCUCUCUCUCUCUCACUCUUUUUCUAUUUUCUAUCUCUUACAUACUCUCACGCGUUCCCUUUCACACUCCCUCACUCUCUCUCGGUUCCUUUAUCACUUUCUAUAUAUAUAUAUAUAUAUAUAUAUAUAUAUAUAUUUCUCACUCUCUCUCACUCUUUCUCUCUCUCAUUCUUUCUCUCUCUUAUUCUUUCUGUUUUACUUUUCUUCCUCUAUCUUUUUUCUCUUAUUCUCUCUCUCUCAUUCCCUUUAUCUCUUUCUCAUUCCCUUUCUGAUAUUCUCACUUUCUUUCUCAUUGUCUCUCUCUCCCUCUUUCUUUCACUCUUUCACACUCUCUCAUUCUGUCUCUGUCUCUAUUUCUUUCUUUCUAUCUAUCUCUAGCAAUGAGGAUCCUCUUUUUCUUCUUUCCUCGAUCGUUUUCUUUCAUUCUACCUUGUCCCUCCUCUUCUCCAGAACGUUUAACCUUUUCUUUCAUUAUCCUUUUUUCCUCUUCUUCUUCUUCUUCUUCUUCUUCUUCUUCUUCUUCUUCUCUCGAUUGUUUAAACUUUUCUUUCAUUGUACUUUCUUCUUCUUCUUCUUCUUCUUCUUCUUCCCUUUUUUCUUCCCUCGAUUUUUAAAACUUUUCUUUGGUUCUACCUUCUUCCUCCUCUUUUCCUUUUUCUUCUCACGAUCGUUUAAACUCUUCUUUCAUUCUAUAUUCUUCUUCUCCACCUCCUCUCUUUCUCCCUCUUCUUCUUUUUCUUCUUCUUCUUCUUCUUCUUCUUCUUUUUCUUCUCUCGAUCGUUGA